GGCGGAGGUGCGGGAGCCUUUGCUUCGGGUCGUAUGGGAGACUACGUCUUUGGGCAGCAGGCAUUGGAUGAUAUUAUCUCGCAGAUGAUGGAGCAGACGCAGGGCAGUACGGCGCCUCCACCUGCUAGUGACGAGGCGAUCAAGAGGCUCAAGCGAUGUAAAGUCGGGGAUGUGGACGCUGCUAGUGAGUUGCACGUUGCCCCAGGCGAAGCUGACGACCAGCCGAGCGACACCCUCGUCAUCCUUCCUUGCAAGCACGCAGGCCACGAAGACUGCAUCGUACCAUGGCUGCAGCGGAAUGGCACUUGUCCUAUCUGUAGAGAGCCGCUCGAGCCCCGAGAG